ACCCCAGAGGGUGUGGGGCAGACCCACCGAAAACGUAGAGCAAAUGCACUUUGCUUGUAAAACCGUCUGUUAAGGCCCCCAUCCGGAGUGACUCUGGAUAGCAUGCAACCAAAAUGAAAAUCAGGACCUCAGGAACGGAGUCGAAGGGCACGCGGGUAACCCAAGGCUCUGACCGGGGAAAGAAGGACGGAGCGACCGACCGACCGAGACGGAGAUAGCCGCGCGGGAGCCGAGCCGCCUGCUCGGCUUGACUUGGUAAGGAAAUACCUCUGAAAGGAUGACCCAACAGUCUAAUGGAUUCUAAAAGUGUUGGUGAUCUUCAAGCCUUGCUCAGUCUAUACAAACAGGACCCAACACUUCUAAGAGCAAAACAGUUGAGUUUCCUAAGAGAUUCACUGGAGAGCAUGGGGGACACCAUUUCAGGUUUCCAGAGAAUUGAAGCCUUUUCUCUGAGAUUUGGUAAAGAGGAAGGGAAGCCACCAGAGCAGUCUACCAGUGAGGAGAGUGAUUUAGAGAUGAAUGAGGAAGGAGUUACCAAACCAGAUGAAAAUGACUCCCAGAAAAUGGGAAAUGACAAUGUGGAAGCAACAAAUGAUAUGCAAACCAAAACUGAUCAGAAGAAGGAAGAGGCCUGUAAUGCAUUACAGGAAGGACAGUUGCAGAAAGCUCUUGACCUAUUUACAGAAGCUAUUAAGUUGAAUCCACAGUCCUCAGUCUUGUAUAUCAGCCUAGCCAGUAUCUUUGUCAAAAUGUAAAAGCCCAAUGCUGCCAUUAAAGACUGCGACAAAGCUUCAGAGUUCAACCCUGAUGUUGCACAAGUGUACAGAUGAAGAGGGAAAGCACAUAUAUUUCUGGGCCACUGGGAGGAGGCUGCUGAGGACCUUGCUUUAGCCUGUAUUUGGGACUAUGAUGAAGAUACCAAUGCCUUGCUCAAGGAAGUACAACCCAAAGCCCUGAAGAUGACUGAACAUCACACCAAUUAUAAAAGAAAGCAUACACUGAAGAAGACCCAGAAGAUCCAGGACUGGAUCAAAAGUAUUUUGGAAGAACAAGAGAAGCCACAGAGGGAAGAAAAUACUUGGCAGUGGAUGACCUGCAUUUUUCAGAGGUAUUUGGACUCCUUUAUGGCAAUUAUGGAUCCAAGGAUUAUCCUGACAUGGUUGGAUGUGACCUAGAAUCCAGACAAUAUCUCCAAACACCGAGACAAUCACAAGUUUAUGAAGUUCAUUGGUCAGGUUAUUGAAUGUUGAGGCCAUCCAUAAAUAAGU